AGGAUUUCCGACCAGCUGCGGGUAAUGUCACAUGAUUGUCAUUGUCUUUUUGACAUGAUUUUGUCCGACCUGGAAGUGGGACUCGCGUGACGUGCCAAAUUAUAUUUAUAAUCUUUACACAUAUCACGAGUUAUUUUGCACUUUCCACACAAAGAUUGCAACAAAGUUAGGACUCGUGUUGGAAUCUGCCAGCCAUGCCAAUAUGAUGGAAGCCACGAUGAUGGAGCCAUAAAAAAAGCUGAGAAUCCAUGCAGCUUUUUGAGCGACGACAGCUUUUUCAGGCGGCUAGAGGAGUGGUCUGUGUGUGGUCGAUCGGUGGUGUAGUCAUUUAAAGCCGUUUGGGUUUCCCAUGUCGACAGCAGUUCGUGCGCAGGCCAAUGAAAGUUCAUCGUACAUUGCAGGCCUGAUAUUGUGCAUAUCAUAUUUAUUUCAGUUUUUUCGGCCAGCUUUCUGCAACAAUCCGUUAGGCGUGGCUGUUGAAGCUGAGAAGCAAAAUGAUGAACAAAACAUUUCAUUUCUCGGACAAAAUCAAGGACUUCCUAUUUUCUGGAUGUCAUAUCGAGUCAGGGCCAGAUUUGAUAGCAGCCAUGGGGGCAGUGUUCCUCGUCGCUGUUUUUCUGGAGCUCAUGAAGCUUCUGAAUGCAAAGCUGAAGCAGAGGCGAUGUAAGAAUCCCCUGGAGGUGGGGCAGAAAUCGGCCCCCCGGCGAAACAGCUCCAUCAACGGCCAGAGCAGCGGCCAACAGUCGCCCCUGCUGUCGUCGCUGCGAAUCCCCAGCAGCGUGUCAAAGAUCAGACAGAGAAGGUUGAAGUUCCAUCUCAUAGAAGCCGUCCUCCACAUCUUCCAAGUGACCUUUGGAUACAUCCUAAUGCUGGUGGUGAUGACCUACAAUGGCUUCCUCUUCAUCACCGUCGUCGUGGCGCUGUGCGCUGGCUACUUCUUCCUGGCACCUCUGCAGAGGAUGCGGGAGCCCUGGCGGGUGCCAGUGCGCCACGAGUCGCUCACCGACUCUGAGGGCAAGUCGUGCGGAGUCAGCUCCGGUAGUGUCGCGAUAGUCGAAUCGGCCGAGCACAUACAGAGCUCCCGCUACGGAACUCUGUAUCAGUGAGAUGGCGGAGCGAGCCCCGUACAAGUUACAUUAACUGCUGUGCUAUACUUUCAAUAAUUAAUAACCGCAGUAUUAUAAAAAGUAAAAAGAUUCCGCCAGGGGCAACACCUCAAACUGAGGUAUUGUCCAGUCACAGUGUACAGCAGUUUGAUAAAAAAAUUUUCUACAGUGGCCUUUUUUUUACGAAGUUGCAUGUACUUUUUCCAUGUAUACACUCAGAUUGAUCUUGAGAAACCUUGUUACUUUUUUCUACGUUUCCUAUGGUGUUUCAAAGCUAUCUUAAAGUACAUUGAGGUUUGUAGUUCCAUUGAAUUUCCAUAACUUAUUCUUUUAAUGAUCAAAUUUCCACGUGCUGCUUUAAAAUCGACCAUCCUUGACACAAACACUAGUUGCAAAACUACCCAAUUCAAUACUGGACCCAUUUGCAAUUGGAAACAAUAUCUACGCUCAAUACUCUCUCUGUCUAUAAAGAGGAAAAUGAAAUCACAGAAACAAAAAAAUAGGGCCUGUUGUCAAAUCCCAUGAAUGCAAACGACAAGUCUGUCUGUCGUUUUCACUUCUGACGCAGUGAGGAACACGGUUUCACUUUUCUGUUACCUGUCUGGUUUGCAUUUUAAUACAUGUUUAUGCUAGCGGUGAUUUUCUAUUAAUGCUUACAACUGAACAAAAGCUUUUGAAUGUAGCAGGCCAUUUUCUAUAGUUUACGUUUGCAAUAGAGACUUGUCUGCACCCAACAGUUUUGUAAUGUUACAUGUAUAUGUUAACCCAAGAUGAUUCUCAUGGUGUGGAAUAUUAUUUGCCUUAGUAAUUAUCAUAACUGUAGCAUGUUGCUCAUGGGUAGAUCUUGAGUGGAGCUCUGUUACUGGUGAAUUUAUUCUUAAGGUAUGUGGUCUGGAUUUGUCCAAAUUCUCCCAAAUACCACCGUGUCCCUUGCUGUCCUAUCAAAGUGUGGAAUUAGCACAGAAAACCUUAAGUGCUCUCUCUUGAAAUUAACAUCUAUUUGUAAAACAAAAGAGUGCUGAGAAUUUAUAAUGAGAAUAACGUACAACGGUACAUGUAUUUGAGAAAAUGCAGUCUGGCCAUGUAAAGCAAGCAGCUGACCAAACUUAAAGCACAAGAUCUUGGAAGGGAUUAUUUUCAGAGUUUUUAAUUAAUGCUUAGUUUUCAACAUUGCGUGAGAAAUCUUUGCACCAGAGACAGAAGAACGCAUUUCAAUAUACGUGUACAUUUACCGUUAGAUUGUAGAUUAAUGAAGUUGUCACUAACUUUACAAUUUAUUUUAAAGGUUAUAACAACUUCCUUAUUUCAGGGUAAGGAAGAAGCUAAAAGAUUGGCAAGCUAAGAAUAGAAGGCUUCAACUCAGAGUAGUGUAUACGUCUAUUUACCAAGGUUUUUGUUAUCGUCUUUAUAUUAUUUUGUAUCAAAAGUUGUAAGAGUGCACGUACAGACCAAAUUCUGUUUCCAAAGUUUGCAGGAAGACGCAAAACAAGUGUCUUUGAAGAAUUAACUGUGAUACGUGUAUUUAUGUGAAUGCAGAUGUGUACAUGUAUGUCUCAAUUUCACAAUGUGGAGUUUACUUACUUCCUGGACAUUGCAGAUGAGGUUGGAGUUUAGUAAGUGUCAAUUGGGUUGCUUGGAAUACUAAAUGAAAUGAGAGCUUGAGCUGCAGGGCAAGUUGAGGAAAUCUUCUAAUUUCGGUUAUCUUAAACUUUGAAUUUUGAUCGUUGCUCUACGUUUUGCCAAAGCUGAUCUCUCCUUAAAUGAAGUUGAAAAUAUUUCAUUGUAAAGUUUUAAUUAAUCUGAAAUUUAGGGAUUGCCCGUGACUUUAUUAUUGAUGUUGCAUAGUGUUGAACUGUCAUCUGUUACUAUUUGCCACUGCAAUUAAAACUAGUUCCUGCCACUGAUUAUGUACAGCAUUUUUCUUCUAACAGGCAGCUGACCUGGUUUGAAUUUAUUGAGAAAGAUGCCAGUAUUAAAAUAAACUGCUUGAUAAAGUGGUGUAAA